CCACAUUAAGUCAGUCGUUAAUCAGUUCACUUUCCAAAUUGUUUUGUUUAUGUGUCGUAUCAUAAGACGAUAGUUUUACAUUAUUUCACAUGAAAAAUGUGUGAUAUAAACGAUAAUCCGUUAAAGUUGAGUGUCAAGUGGAACGGAAAAGAAUAUGAAAUACCUGAGUUUUCGCCAUCCGAUUCUGUGGCGAUGCUCAAAAUUGCCAUCGAAAAUGCCACCGGAGUACGUCCAGAAAGGCAAAAAUUGCUCAAUGUUAAAUUCCAGGGUAAAGUAGCUACAGAUAACUUCACAUUAUCUGAGCUGAACCUCAAGCCAAAUCUGAAGAUUAUGAUGAUGGGAUCAUUGGAAGAGGCAAUCGAGGGUGCUCGGACAAAACCUGAUGUUGGUGAUGAGGUUGUCAAUGAUUUGGAUAUUGAAGAAGAGGAAGUUGACGUUGAAAAUCAGGAAAUAUAUUUAGCAAAAAUCAACAAAAGGGUUAAGGAUUAUAAAAUAAAUAUAUUGAAUGAAUCACGGCCCGGAAAGAAACUGCUUGUAUUGGAUAUCGACUACACUCUAUUUGACCACAGAUCUGUUGCUGAAACAGGAUAUGAAUUAAUGCGACCAUUCCUCCACGAGUUUCUUACGUCAGCGUAUGAAGACUACGAUAUAGUAAUAUGGUCAGCUACCGGCAUGAAGUGGAUAGAAGAGAAGAUGCGGCUGCUUGGUGUCUCCACACACCAGGACUACAAGAUAAUGUUCUAUUUGGACUACUUAGCCAUGAUUACAGUGCACACUGCAAAAUAUGGCACAAUUGAUGUCAAACCACUAGGCGUAAUAUGGGGUAAAUACCCACAAUACAGUUCAAAAAACACAAUAAUGUUUGACGACAUAAGAAGAAACUUCAUAAUGAACCCAAAGAGUGGCCUCAAGAUCCGUCCCUUUAGACAAGCACACUUGAAUAGGGAUCGAGAUAGGGAACUAUUGCAUUUAUCCACCUACUUACGGGAUAUAGCACAAUACUGUGAUGAUUUCGACCAGCUAAACCACAAAAAAUGGGAGAAAUACAAGCCAGAUAAGAAAACGCAGCAAGCGGGCAGUAAAAGGAAAGCUGAGGACAGUGCACCGUCCACACCUAAGGAAUGACGCUAGAACUAAACUGUACAGACCGACAAGGGCACGCAAUGGUAUUUAAACAUGUCACAAAAUAUUACCACUAAUUUUCUAGGAAGCGUAAAGUGAAAAAUUUAACACAAUAAUAAUUAUGUUACCUUUGUAAAAUAAUUAUUAUGAAAAAUAAUAAAAGGAAAUGUAUAAUGUAUGGGGCCUAGUAAGUGUACAGUACCCCAAAACUUUAAGAAAAGUACAAGAAUUUUCAUGAAAAUUUAAAUUAAUUAACUAAACAGUUUAUGUAAACUAAUUUGUUUUUAUCUAUAAUUUCUAUAUAUAAUGGCUUUAAUAUCUAAAUCUAAUAAAUAAAUACCACGUCUUUAACAGUUAUUUAAUAAUUUCAAGUCAAUGUCAACCAAAAUUAAGAAAUAUUAAAUUCUGAAUUUAUUUUAUGCCAUUCAUAAAGCAAAAUUGUAUAAAAAAAAAUUAUAAAUAUUGAUUGUUUUUUUAUAUAUAUAUAUAUAACUGUAUAUUUAAAUGGGCCUAGGCUCCAUACAGGUCUAAAACAUUUUCGACAGAGAUUCACAUUGACAUUUCCAGUAAGAAAUAACAUUAACUAAAGCUUUUAUUCAUUUUUAAUUCAUGUUUAAAACUUAUAAAUAAUGAUAAUUAAAUUUCUCUAAUAGACAAAAUUUAAAAAUAUGUCUGUCGUUCCAUUUUGUCUUAAUUGCAUUUUUAAUUUGUUUACAGACUUGCUAGCAGGCUAUAAUAUAAUGUAUAUUAAGAGGACGAACAUUAUAAAGCAAACUGUUUAUUUUUACUUAUAUUAUCUAAGUACCCUAUAUUUAGCAAAUAAAAAACUGAUUGAUCAAUAAGAGUGAUAAAUUAUAUAAUUUGAAAUUGAGAUCAUUAUUGGCAACUUUAUAAAAAGUGACCUUACAAAAUUAAGCUGUAUAAUUUUUAAAAGGAAACCUAAUUUGAAGAAUGAUAAAAAUAUUUACCUGCCAUAUUAAAAUUACGUCUUAACUCUCGAGUUAACAAGUAUGGCUCUAGAUUGUUGGUAAUUUUUUGUGUUUCAAAAUGACUUCAAAAAGAAGGAGGUUCUUAAUUUGUUUGGUUUUUUUUUUAUGUCUGCAGAUAAAAUUUUUAAGCAAAUCAGUUGAGUAGAUUAGUUUUUAGCUUAAAAUACUUGUUAUUUUUUCAUAAUUGAAAUCGAUUUUUUAUGGGACACAAUCUUUAUUUUUCCAAAAUGUUAAUUAUCAAUGAUGGAACGCAAACUUAAAAUGUUGCUAAUGAUUUGAAUUUCAUCUUCUAUAAAGUAAAAUCAAAAGAGAAUGUUACGCUUUGAAAUUGGAUAAUAUAAGUGAUAGCCUGCAUAAUUUUGAACACUAGAGGCAGGGAGAACGUUAAACCUCUAUAGACUAAGAAUCCUGAGUAAGUCAUAAACAUUCAUUUGAUUGAUUGAUUGAUUACAGUUGUGAUUUUUUUAAGUAAUGUAGCUAUUAGAUUAAUACAGUGAGAUCAAAAUAAGAAUAGGAAAGUUUUACCUUAACUUGUCCUCUCACAAAAUACAACUAUUUUUAUCUCAUAAAAACAGAUAACAUUUUUUUUAUAUUUUUUAAACAAAAUCGUAUAAAGAAAUAAAUAUGGAAUGCAAAUAUUUAUUUAACAGGAUCGCCGGUACUGUCCUUAAUCUAUGCAUUUAACAUAAAGUAUGUUCUGACAGUUGACUUUACCGCCAUAUUUUGACAGAAUGUUACAAAAUGGCUGAAACCUAUACUUAUUUUUAUCACACUACAAUAUUAACAUAUUUUUGUAUCACAAUGAACAUGUUUAGAAAAUUAUAUUUAAAUAUUUAGUUACCUAAAUUAGUUACAGUAUAAAUAAUUAAUUACAUCGUCGCAUUGCGUGAUAGGUAUUGAACAUUUAAAAUUCCAUUGCCACCAAGCCGAAUUGUGCCCUAUGUCGGUGGGUUACGGUUGUCAGUCAAAUCGCCUUAAUCGCUUACAAGACUGCGUAUAGAAUUAGUUGUACGUCAGUGUGUAUUUACCACAGAACAGAAAAACGCUUAGGAAUGGCAUCACAUUUUAUUUUAAAUAUUGCCAGUAAAUUAAUGCUUAUAGGAAAUGUUUUAUUUUUAAUCUGAAACGAAAUAGAAAUCGUAUUUCGUAUGAAAUCUUAAAUACAAUCCGAAACAUUAAAGUUGGUUUGUAGGAGGUUUUAGUUCUUAAAAAUAAGGUAUUUAAUGUAUAAAAGAACGUUAUACAGAUUGUAUAAUAAUAAAAAUUAAUAUCAUCUCUUUAAGGGAGUGUUGCACCAGGAAAACCAAACAUAAUUACUUUUAGAAACAUGUGUAAUUUUUUAAAAAGAUGUUAAUGGCAGGAAUGGCCAUCCUGCCUGCACUAUCGGCGGGCAGGAUACCACACUCUUGCUAACUUAUAUAUUAGAAGCAUUGCUUAAAAUGGGCAGUUCAACAUUUUUUAUUAUUUUUACAUCAAUGUUUCUUUGAAACAAAUGUUCAAUUUCAAUGGUACAACAGUUUCUUAAAAAGAUGCUUAUAUUUUCGAUUCUCCUCUGAAUACUGUACGUUAUUUAAUGGAAUUGAACUUUAACCGUAAUAGGUUCGAUUUCAUUCGUAUUUUAAAUAAAGUAUUUAUACAAUAGACUCGUCACUUGUUUUUCUGUUCUAUGAUAUUUAUUGUACAGUCAUAUUUAUAUUAACAAUGUAUGGUCGUAUCUCCCAUAGAAUCUUUAUUUAUUUUGAUGUGUUAUAGAAAUAAUAAUAGAACCAUUAUUUCAUAUGUAAUCUUGGAUCAUAUACCUCAAGUGACUUAAUACAAAUGCUUUCCUAAAAAGAGGCAAAUUUAUUUUAUUUAUGUGUGUGUUUAAUAAGGAUACCAGAGUGCAUACUUAUUACUCAGUAAGUAGAAGUAUAUAAGUAAAAAAAAAAUAUAAAUAUUUAAAUAAAAUUUUUCGUCCACAUUUACAAUAACGGGCUAUAUUCAGUGUAAUUAUUCAUAUUAAUGCUUAUUUUCAUUAAUAAUCUAUUUAAAUAAACUUAAAAUGAGUCAAUCUUUUGCAUCAAUUAAAAUGGCUGCCAUUUUAAUUAAUACAUUACAUUAAUUUUCUACCUUUCCCCCUUUGGGAUGAACAGUGAAUCAUGUAUCUACAUAAUGUAUAUUUAUAUUAAAAGAGAAAAAGUAGUACCUAAUUUAAAUUUAAAAAUCUAAUAAAAGAUUUGGGGAUUUUAACUAAUUACUAGCAACACUGAAAAAUAGCGAAAUAAAAAAAAUAUGAAUAAAUUUUGUGCAGUUGGUUUCAACUAGUUUUUUAACACUCCAAUCUCCAUCUUAAGGUAUAUGAUUUAAGACUUAGGUAGUAAUACACCAAUAUAUUAUUAAUUGACAUAAAUCACUCAUAAGUAGAGUGGCAUGUGUUAAAAAAGGGAAAUUAAUUUCCGCUUUCUAUGCUUACGCCGCUUGUUAAUUUUUAUGUCCAAAUGGCAACACUAAAGUGACAUAAAUUAUGGUUAUAUAGCCAUAGACUGAGUAUAGCUUUCGGUUCAAUUGGCAAUCACAAUAUAGUAAUCUGUUUUUAUUAUACUUGGCAAAGUAGCACCAUAACGAUUCCUUUGUACCUUUUUGUUACGCACUGUAAAAAUUAAACAGUAAAAAUAAUAAUAAAUUGAACAAAAUUAAAUAUAAAGGUCCUUUUAAAGGUGUGUUCUACUGUUUAAUACCCCCAAAAGAACAUCCUUACUAAUAUUAUAAAUGAGAAAGCGAGUUUGUUUGUUUGUUAUCUCAUAGCGCCUUCACGACUUAACUGAUCACUAUGAAAUUUGGUAUACACGUGCUAGAUAGAAUGGAGAAGGCUACUUUUUAUUCCGAUCACGCGGAAGAAUUCCUAGGUAAAAGCUUGUAGUUGAUAUACGACAAAAAAUUUUGGGCCUCCAGUUAUUGAAACUUAGUAUGGGAUAUUCUUUACCGUUACCUGUACCUUUACCGUUUUUUUGUUUUUUUAUUUUUGGCUAAACUAAAUGCCAAAUAUCGAAAAAUAGAUUAUGUAUUUUAUUUAUACAAAUGUCCUGAAAAAAUAAUAUUUAAUAAUGUAUUAUUUUUUCAGGACAUUUGUUUUGAAGAUCUGAAAAUCUGCUCCCUUUUUUAUGUCAAUUAAAAAUAAUCGGCAAAACGACCGCUGGACGGGCGAUAAACAAAAAAAUCUAAUUGAAAAAACCGAAAGCCCUAAUCUCAAUGACUCAUUAAACAUUUUGAUUUAUAUAUUUACUGUUAUUAAUCAUUAUACAAUAUCACAUAGAUUAAUUAAAUUCACAGCAUAAUAGAGUAAGGUAAGGGAGCGAGUAUCCACAGCGGCAACGUUAAAGAUAACCUGUUAUGAAGAGCGACAAAUAUUAUUGCCCAGAGUACAGGGCCGUAGACACAAGUUUAAGGUAGGGCAAAAGAACUUUUUGGUAGGGCAGAAGCCAUAUUUAAGUGAUUUAGAAAAAACAAAUCUGUCUAAUUUUCUGGGGCCUUUUAUUCUAAGGUAGGGCAUUGCCCCUAAAUGCCUCCUGCCACCUAGCUACGGCCAUGUCGGAGUGUUAUGACUUUAUAAAUUAAAAAUAAUUAGAGUGUGACGUAAACGAAUAGAAUUUCGACAGUACGCUACAAGAGACUCUGUGAGCAAGAUAAUUAAACUGUUGUUUCAGUGAAGACUUAUUUUGGACCUGAUAGUGAAUUUUGUUUAUACUGGUCGAAAGCAGAACAGCAUUUAAAGCGUCCGGUAGACGAUUUAACAUGUGAUUUGUAGUUUUUUAAUUAAUGAAAAAAGAACAGUUGUAUUUUAUUUAUUGUGUUUUAAACUAAGCAAUUGGAUAAACUGAAAAAAAAAAAACAACGUAGAUACAAACACAGUUUCUCUCGAUACAGAGACAAAAAUAUUUAUUGUAAGAUAAAUGCAAAUGAGGCGGUUAAUGGGUUAAACGUUAAAUUUGAUUAAGUGUGAUCGUUUAUUGGACACUUAAGAUACAGCAUUUUAUAUUGGAGCCGAUUUUGAGAUGAUAUUUCUCUAAAAUUAUAUAUUGAUAGUUUGGCGAAAUUAUCGUUUUAUAGAUAAUCAUAAUCUAAAUUUAUAAUAAUUAUAAAUGUAUUAUUACUAUUUAGAAUAAAGAUUACGCUGUGAAUUGUAAUUUAAAUUUUACAGAUCGAUUUAGAGAAAUGUCGCCUCGGAAUCAUCCCUAUUGUAGUGGUCGGCAGUAUUUAAAUAUUUAAAUGGAUUAUAUUUGUAUAUGUGAAUAAACUUGUGAUUCAUUUUGGCAAUAUAAA